AUUAUCAUGGCAACCCCGUCGUCCAAGCACAACCCAGGGGCCACUCCCACCUAUUUGACUUCUUCACCCCGUCCUUCAGGUGGAAAUGUUCAUCGCCCAAUAUCGCAUAAAUCGCCGUCUACAAGGACUCCCUCGGCUUCUGGGCACGGUCAUCCCCACCAGCCGGCUUCCUCUACCCAUCAGUAUGCUACGCCUCUUGCAGUGGCUAUGGAGAACGACAACCCGAUAUCAUUUAGCUCACCCUCUGCAUUAAUCGCUCUUGGUGCUUACGGGGGAAUCAGCCCAUCCCCCGCGGUACAUGAUGGAUUGGUUGCGGCAGGCAUGAACGAGGGUGAUAUUCACGCCUUGGGAAUGCAAGGGUUGAAGCUGGGCAAUGCGCGAGAUAAUGAUGAGGAGCGAAGGAGACACAUUGAGGAGGUAGUUCAACUUUUAAGGACCCGGGUUGCUGGAAGAGGCGUGUGCAGAGACGGAGUGGAGCGAUUGGGCCAGCUUGAGGGAUUCGAGUCGAUCUGGCAAGAAGACAACCUUAGCAUCGCCGGCAAUUUUGUUGACCUUGAGAUUGAGUUUCAUCGCGGCCAGAACGUGGUCAAGGAUGUUAGCUUAAAAUAUGCAACCCCGGAAGUCACCGACGGAGAGCGUCGCGACGGAACAGCCGUUCUGAAACGGGACCUAAUACAGACACCGGAGGAAGGGGAACGAGGUACUUGGAAGACUUUGGCUGGGUUCCACGAAAACCUACAGUGGCUUGCUCGACAUGACCGGCUUAGCCAAGAAGUGAACUGCUUCGAGGCAAUUGAAGGCCUUUACGAGAGUUUGAAAAAGAUAUGGGACAAUGAGGGCUCCCAUCGCAAUUUUUCCUGGGAGUUCGGACAUCUCUGUAGCGGUUGGGUUGGUCGUCCACGCCUUCACAAAGAUGGCCAGAUUGGGCUGGGACUAGACUACUGGGUGCCUCGAGCUCAGGUUUUGGACGCAAAGCAGAGAAAGUCUGCCGAUGACAUGGUGAUUGAUCAACCAUCUGCACGCAAUUCCGACGACGAAUCAGGUCACCUAGACUGCAAAUGGAGUAUUGCAGUCGAGUGUGAAGAGGGAUACCCAUCGCUUCGUGUCUCCAAGGACUGGGUUGGAACAGAAGUGUUCACGGCGGUAAAUAAUACUACAAAUGCGUCAUCAUCAAGUGAAGCAAUGGGUUUAGAUGCCAUGGUGGUUAAUUGGGCAGAUCCACCAGCGACAGUCACUCAAAAUUCUGAUAGCAUGGCUCUUGACUCGGGGAUGCUAGAUUCAUCUUCGCCAAAUCGGCGAUUUGUUGCCCGCAUGGAUCCCCCACUUGACCUACCCUUGUUGGCAGCUUCGGAUAUAUACCGACAUCUGGGCACACAAAUGCCACAAGAUUUCAAGAUGCUAACCUAUGAUGGGCUUUUGGCGCCGGAAUGGACCCCUCUGUCGGCUGCCGGAUCAAUGGGACUUGGACCACAGGAGGCGUCUUUGGUCAACCGAAGGAGAAGCAGAAUAUCAGUGCAAUCAAUGGAUGACCAAGGCAAACCUUGCACCAAGCAACAUAGCUACACAUUUCAGCCUUUUGAAUCUGCUGCAGGCCGGACGAUACGAGAUAUUCCAUUCUCCCACCCGCGGCAGCUUGCAGACAUUUUACCGAUUCUGCGCCAAUACGCCUUCCUAGCGAAUAUGAUCCGGAGCAUAUUUCCCCCUGCAUCGAAGCGCGAUAAUAGCAGGUAUGCUGGAGAGGAUACCACCGAUAAUGGGAAUAUCACAAUUCUGAGCAACGAGAACCCUAGCGAGAAAAGACUGAAUUUAUUACUCCGGGGGGUUGAUAAGACAGAGAGCCUUGUCAAAGGGAAAGGAAAGCAUUCUUUCAAAACUGAAGAUGAAGGUCUGCAGGGCAGUUUCACUGCAAAUGAUGAGCUUAAAGUAGACGUGACGUUGCGAACACAACUCGGGCAAGCCCCUAUUAUUAUGCUGCUUUUUACUCCUGAUCCCCGCGCAUCAGGACUGGGAGAAGUGGCAGAGGAGCUCGCAUUUAGUAAAGUUUCGAUCAGCUUCGAAGUUGGUUUGAAUGGGCGCAUCUCAGUGGUCGACAUGACGGGAUUAGUGGAUGACGAUGCUCCAGCAACCGAUGAGCAGAAAACUGAGACCCAUGAGCUUCGAAGCGCAAUCGCCAGGGUCCUGGAUAUUUCCCAGGACAUUGGAACGUUAGUGGAAUGGGUAGUCAGAUGGCUCAUGAAGUACAUGACCCUCGACCAGCGAGGUCAGGUUAUGGCUGAGUACAUCUGGAUUGACUCCACCGGUGGCACUCGCAGCAAGACCAAGACUCUCUCCAAGCCCGUCACUUCCGUAGAUGAGCUCCCCGAAUGGAACUUCGAUGGUUCUUCCACCGGCCAGGCUCCUGGUGACAACUCCGAUGUCUACCUUCGCCCCAUUGCCAUCUUCCCCGACCCCUUCCGCCGUGGUGACAACAUCCUCGUUCUCUGCGAGACCUGGGAUUCCGAUGGCACCCCCAACAAGUUCAACUACCGCCACGAGUGCAACCGCCUGAUGGAGACCCAUGCUAAGGAGGAGUUCUGGUUCGGUCUGGAGCAGGAAUACACUCUCCUUGGCGCUGACGGCUGGCCAUAUGGCUGGCCCAAGGGUGGUUUCCCUGGUGCUCAGGGUCCUUACUACUGUGGUGUCGGUACCGGCAAGGUCUACUGCCGUGACAUCGUCGAGGCUCACUACCGCGCCUGCUUGUUCUCUGGCAUCAAGAUCUCUGGUAUCAACGCCGAGGUCAUGCCUUCCCAGUGGGAGUACCAGGUUGGCCCUUGCAACGGUAUUGAGAUGGGUGACCACCUUUGGCUGUCCCGCUUCCUCCUCCACCGUGUUGCUGAGGAAUUCGGUGUCAAGAUUUCCUUCGACCCCAAGCCCAUCAAGGGCGACUGGAACGGAGCUGGUCUCCAUAGCAACGUCUCCACUGCUUCCACUCGUGCUGAGGGUGGCAUGAAGGCCAUUGAGGCCGCCAUGAAGAAGCUCGAGGCCCGCCACGCCGAGCACAUUGCUGUCUACGGCGAGGGCAACGAGGAGCGUCUCACUGGCCGUCACGAGACCGGUUCCAUUGACAAGUUCUCGUACGGCGUUGCUGACCGUGGUGGCUCCAUCCGUAUUCCCCGCCAGGUCGCCAAGGACGGCAAGGGUUACUUCGAGGACCGCCGCCCCGCUUCCAACGCCUGCCCUUACCAGAUCACCGGUAUCAUUGUGGAGACUCUCUGCGGCGGUGUCUAAAUAUGUGAAAAUUUGUAUUAGCGCUUGUAUACCCUCCGGCGUCAACUGGGGUAGUAGAACAAGAGAGCAGCUUGGCAGCGAGGAGCAAUAUAGAUUUCUUUUGUUCUUUUCCUUCGUAUUG